UUUUACUCUUUGCAUGGAACUCUCCACAAUUGGACUUGUUCUGGGGCAUUUGACCGAAAGAAACCAUGAGUCAAAGUAUCCCAAUGGGGGGGUUCACUUGCCCCUCCAUCCACUCCAUCUUCUCCUCCACACUCUCUCUUCCUUUCCCUCUCUCUCUCCUCCUCCUCUCCUCUCACCACCCUCUAACCGCACAUUUGUGCUUCUUCUCUGACCUUAUUCUUGUCAAUCAGGUCCUCAGAGAACCCUGCACCUUUCACUAUGACUACGGAACGGUUGCGCGUUCUCAUCGUCGGCAAUGGCGGCCGUGAACAUGCGCUGGCUUGGAAACUGACCCAGUCUCCCCGCGUCGACAUUGUCUACGUCGCUCCCGGCAAUGGAGGCACCGCUCAGGGUCCCGACAGCAAGAUCCAGAGCGUCAACGUCAAGGGCAAUGACUACCCCGGUCUCGUUGCUUUCGCCCAGCAGAACGGCGUCAACCUUGUUGUCCCCGGUCCUGAGGCUCCCCUCGUCGACGGUAUCCAGGGUUACUUCCAGGCCGUUGGCAUCCGCUGCUUCGGUCCUUCCAAGGCCGCUGCCCGCAUGGAGGGCUCCAAGACCUUCUCCAAGGACUUCAUGAAGCGUCACAACAUCCCCACCGCCGCCUACGAGAACUUCUACGAAUAUGAGCCUGCUCGCCAGUACCUCGACUCUGUCUCUCACCAGGUCGUCAUCAAGGCCGAUGGUCUGGCCGGUGGAAAGGGUGUCAUCAUCCCCACUACCAAAGAGGAGGCCCACCAGGCCCUCCGUGAAAUGAUGGUCGAGAACCAGUUCGGUGAGGCCGGUAGCGAGGUUGUCAUCGAGGAGUACCUCGAGGGUGACGAGCUCAGUGUCCUGACCUUCAGUGAUGGUUACACUAUCCGCUCCCUUCCCGCCGCUCAAGACCACAAGCGUAUCUUCGAUGGCGACCAGGGCCCCAACACCGGUGGCAUGGGUUGCUACGCCCCGACCCCCAUCUCCUCCCCGGAGGUUCUCGCUCAGAUUGACCGCUCCAUCAUUCAGCCCUCCGUCGAUGGCAUGCGCAGAGAUGGAUUCCCCUUCGUUGGUAUCCUUUUCACCGGUCUCAUGAUGACCAAGAAUGGCCCCAAGGUUCUCGAGUACAAUGUCCGCGGUGGUGACCCGGAGACUCAGACUCUCCUCCCUCUGCUCACCGACGACACCGACUUGGCCGAGAUCAUGGUCGCCUGCACUGAGCACUGGCUCGACGGUGUCUCUAUCAAUGUCAAGCCCGACUUCUCCACCACUGUUAUCGCCGUGGCCGGUGGCUACCCCAACUCCUACGCCAAGGGCAAGAAGAUCACCCUGGACCCUACCCCCGAAGGCACCUUGAUCUUCCACGCUGGUACCAACCUCGUCGGUGACGAGCUCCAGACCGCUGGCGGCCGUGUCAUUGCUUCCACGGCCACCGCAUCCAGCCUCGAGGAGGCCGUCCGCAAGAGUUACGAGGGCGUCGCCACCAUCCACUUCGAGGACAUGUUCUACCGCAAGGAUAUCGCCCACCGGGCCUUCCGCCAGCGCGAUGCUGCCGCUGCUCAGCAGGAGUCUCUCACCUACGCCGCCGCCGGUGUUUCUAUCGAUGCAGGCAAUGACCUCGUCCAGAAGAUCAAGAGCUCCGUCGCUCAGACCAAGCGCCCCGGUACCGACGCCGUCAUCGGUGGCUUCGGUGGUCUCUUCUCUUUGGCCGCCGCCAACUCCGCCUACCACCCCGAAUCCCCUACCCUCAUCGGUGCCAUUGACGGUGUCGGCACCAAGCUCAAGAUUGCCCACGCUGCUGGUGUGCACAACACCGUUGGUAUCGAUUUGGUCGCCAUGAACGUCAACGACCUGGUCGUCCAGGGUGCGGAGCCCCUCUUCUUCCUGGACUGCUACUCCUGCGGCAAGCUCGACGUCCCCACCGCCUCUGCCUUCGUUUCCGGUGUCGCUGAGGGCUGUGUCCAGGCUGGCUGCGCCCUGAUCGGUGGUGAGACCGCAGAGAUGCCCGGUCUCUUCAUCGAUGAGUCCUACGAUGCCGUCGGUGCCGCCGUCGGUGCCAUCAACACCACCGGCCCCAACGCCCGCACUAUCCUGCCCGACACCACCGCCAUGAAGGCUGGUGACGUCCUGCUGGCCCUGGCUUCGUCCGGCCCCCACUCGAACGGUUACUCUCUCGUCCGCAAGAUUGUUGAGCGCUCGGGUCUGUCGUACCAGGACCCCGCUCCCUUCACCAUGCCCUCGGCCACGGGUCCCCAGACCCUGGGCCAGGCCCUGCUCACCCCUACCCGCAUCUACGUCAAGCCCCUCCUGAAGGCCCUGGCCACCUCUUCCGCCGCUAUCAAGGGUCUUGCUCACAUCACCGGUGGUGGUCUGCUCGACAACGUGCCCCGUAUGCUGCCCGCCACUCUGGCCGCGCACAUCAACGUCUCCACCUGGGAGCUGCCCCCUGUCUUCCGCUGGCUGAAGCAGAACGGUAACGUCACCGCCAUGGAGAUGUCCCGCGCCUUCAACUGCGGUGUGGGUAUGAUCCUGGCUGUGGAGAAGGGCACCGAGGGUGCCAUCACGGAACUCCUCCAGAAGGAGGGCCAGACGGUCUACCAGAUCGGUGAGCUGCAGGUCAAGCAGGAAGGCGAGGAGGGCUGUGUCCUGACUGGUCUGGAGACCUGGGAUGCGUAAAUAUGAUAAUUUCGAGAGACUUCAGACAAAGAUAGUUAUGUUAUGAUAUGAUGUCAAACUUAGAUAAAAUUACGGAGGGCGGCGGGUUGGGAUGGGAGAUGGAAUUUUAUAGAAAAGCAGGAGGGAGCAAACAUCCCUCCCCUUUUAUUUUUUUUUAUUUUUCCUUUACACUUUUGCAUUAUUUUGAUAUCAUCAAGUUACGUUUUGAAUGAAUGAAUACAAGAUUUUCCACUGUUCC